UGAAGUCUUCAGCUACCAACAAGGGGUGGGGCUAAGAUGUCGGCCACACCCCUCUCUGUGACUGCCUUUCGGCGAGUUUGCGUUUUUUUAAAGCGAUGGCAUCCCAACGAGAUCAAAUUUCAGCGUCACGGCUGGAGACUGGCUUCGCGGUCCCUCAUGGGAGAGUAUAAAGAGAAUUCUCCCGGGAGAGGCGGCAGAAGAAUCCAUGACCGGGAACCGAGCCGGAGAGAGACAGGAUACAGCGACCCCCUUUUGGCCGGCCUGCCCCGGGACCCUUACUACUCGCUGCCCUGUCGCCCCUGCCCUCCCUCGCCCUCCACCGCCGAUCACAGGACCAGUGACAAGUAUUGGGAUAAGGCUUUGGACUUCACGACUCACUGGUCCAGGAGCCCAGAGCCGGACUGCGAGGCAGCCACGUGCUCCGAGCACGGUGUGAGCAGCCGGGACUGGAAGUCGGAGUGGGGCCCAGGGCCGCAGGCGCACGUGGCUGCCCCCUUUGCCAAGCCCGAGCUGAAGAAGGAGGCCCGUCAGGACCGCGACAUCCUGAAGUGGGACUGCGACCUCGCCAAGAAACCAUCUGACACCAGCUGUCCCACAAUCAAAGUCAAGUGCACAACGAUAAGUCCCGAGUCACAGAAACUCCUGCGGUGUGAAUUGGAGUCGCUCAAGAGCCAGCUGCAGGCGCAGACCAAGGCCUUCGAGUUCCUGAACCACUCGGUGACCAUGCUGGAGAAGGAGAGCUGUCUGCAGCAGAUCAAGAUCCAGCAGCUGGAAGAGGUGCUGAACCCCAUGGCCCGCCAGGGAGACAAGGAGGGACACAAAUGGGACACAGAGCAAAGUCGGCAGGAACUGUACGGGGCCCUGGCCCAGGGCCUCCGGGGACUGCAGCGGACCCUCCGUGACAGCGAGGAGCUGCAGCGGUCUCGGACCACCCACUGCCUGCAGCUGCUGGCCAAUGAGAUCCGGGACAGCAAGAAGUUCCUGUGGGAGGAGCUGGAGCUGGUCCGGGAGGAGGUGACCUUCAUCUACCAGAAGCUCCAGGCGCAGGAGAAGGAGAUCGCAGAGAACCUCUCCAACAUCCAGAAGGUGCAGAGGACGCAGAUGAAGUGUCGCAAGGUCCUGACGAAGAUGAAGCAGCAGCAGGGCUAUGACCCAUGUUCUGGUCCCGAUGACGAAGAGCUCCAACUUCCGGAACAUGGACCGCCCUUUCCUCCCAGGACUAGACCCCCGUGGCCCCCGGUCUCAGCCCUGCUCCUGUCAUCACUGUGGGCAGUCAGGGUCCCCUGGGUGGCCCCAUCUCUGUCUCCCCACAGGUCCGCGGUCCAUGGGCUGCAGAAUUCCAUUGAUGGCCUCGUCAUGUCCUCGGAGGCCCCCCACAGGGUCUCCGGCCUCAGGGGAAACAGGGGACACCGGUGCCUGAGCCCUGGGCAUCCUUCCUGGGAACCUGAUUCCCACUGGGAUCCGUCGCCUUUUGGCAAGAGCCACUCCUUCCCUUCCGUUUGAGCGGCUGGAGUCUGCUCGCCCUGAAGACCCCUCAGAGCAAAUAAACUAGCCAGAUCCUCGUCGCCCGA